AUGGAUGAUUUUCCGUAACAGAAUUAUCGGGUGUGCAGGUUUUACAUGCUCGUUGUUUAGAUUGUUCAAACACGCGGUCACCGGACGCAACCAACGCAGUCUUCUCGCACUCUACAGGCGAAGAAAAACUCAGCGAAAAAAAGACGAGCUGUGAGGGUUCAGAACAGCAAACAGAACAGCAAACAGAAGCUCCGUAAAUCGUUCGGGGCCUUUUUUGUUGUGUUUGUGGGAAUGAUCGGGACGAGAGGGAAAGAGAAGGCAUCGUGUGGAUUUGCGAACUUGUUGCUAUUGUCAUUGUUGCAAUGGGUCAGUUUAUAUCUGUGUGUCAACUCUCAUCACCCGACGAAGUCCCGCUCCAUCUCCUCAUUCGCUCGUCAUUUCGCAUUCAAUAACCAACGGAUCAACGUCAUCCAAGACGCCAGCAACGACUUUGCCGAUCUAAAGGCACUGGAGCGAGACAUCGAGGUGCCGUUCUACAUCUACCACACGCCGGCUAUGAGGAAGCUUUAUGGCAUGUGUCAAGAGAGCGCACGGAAUAUCCUUGAGGGGCGCUGGCCUGCACUUCUCCCGCUGGGGGACAGGAAGAACGUUGACGAGAUAUACUGGCUGGACCAGUUGUGGAACGAUUCUUGGAGGACGUCUGACCCUGACAAAGCGCUCGUCUAUGUCCUCCCAAUCUAUCCGGGUCUGUCUACACAUAAUGAGGGAGACACGUACAGGAUUAGUUCAUUCAUUCACUUGCCUGCAGUGUUACUUCUGCACAACUCAUGCAACGACAGAAACAGAACGAAAGCCCACGACUUAGCAGCAACGGCUGUCAAGGAGGUGAGAAAGUGUAUAAGUGGAAAUAUGGGCACCAGUCAGAUGUCCAGGUGAUGGAGACGCCACAAUGGAAGAGGAACGGCGGACUCGACCACAUCCUGGUGGUGAGUGAUCGUUGGCCCCCGCUCAUGACAAGCAAUGUUCGAAUAGUGUAUUGAUUGACCAUGCAGGCGAGCGACUGGCGCUUUAAUUAUCCCUUCGAUAUGACGAGAGUAUUGGGGGAGUCUUUCGCGACAUUUGCGAAGAACAUCACACAGGGGCGGCACCUUGUGGACAACCGUAAGGAAGUGAAGGAGAAAAGCCAGCUAGCUGUGAUCUACAUCUCGACCAACAGACAGAGGCCUCUUCGGAUGUGCUGUCACGAUACCCCACACGUAUGAAAAUCCUACGCAACUCAAUGCAUCGAUGACUGGUUGUGUAUGCCUGCAUUCAGGUCUUCGCUGACGCCACUCCAUCAGGCCUACCAGCCUUUUGAGAAGGAAAGCCUGCUGAGGCGUGGGCUUAUCAAACCUACCGACGUGUUUGAGGAUGACCGACUUGCCAUGGCUUUCAAUCCUCCCUCGAGACACGACUGGUUCAAACGCGACUACACAAUGUUCUUUCAAGGUCAGACACGGGCAACGCUCAACUCGGCCGAUAUGUGUGCUGUGGUUGAGUGUUGUAGGAAAGUUGUAUCACGACCGUCCGUAUCGAAAGCUGGCCUUCGAAAGCUUGGCGAGUUGGCACUAUAAAUUAAAAGCCUGCCCAGAUUGCGUACCAGGGACCAACGUAUUUGUUGCAACCGGCGACAUAUCACAAACUGAAUUUCCCUUUUGCCCACGCCAAGACAGGACAACACGUUCAAAAGGACGAAUUGGCAGAUUCGAGCAGUGUGAGGGCGUGGUGAAUGGCACACACCGGCUGUCCGAGACGUCGGCUUUCAUUCACCGCCUGGCCAGCUCCAAGUUGAAUCUAUGCUUUCGGGGAAGAGAUGUGACGAGCUCGAGGGUCGUUGACGGCUUUGCAACUCGCACGAUUGAUGUUUUAAUCAGCGACCUAGACGAUAUGUAUAAAUACGCCAUCCCGCUCCAAUGCGAGAUCCCAUGGAAGUAUUGAAAAGAAGGCAGAUUUGCACUUGAUGCUUCCAAUACUUGGCUCCCCUUUGUGUUGUGAGCAGGAACCUGACCUAUUCGAUCGAGGGCUCUGUCUUUGAGCAGAACCCUCGCGCAGCGCUGAAGCCGAUCUUGGAUGAGCUCUACAAGGACCACCGAGCCGUAACAGAAAAGCUGCGAAUGAUGGACUACUACAGCAAGAAACUUCUCUGGGACGCCCCAAAUAGCGAGACAGCAAGAAGUGUGCUCCGCGCAAUGACACGACAAUGUCUCACUGACAAGACAAAGCUCAACUAUAUCAAAAGGACCAGCAAAGAUGGUAAGCCAUCCAUACACGCAGAAAGAUACACAACCGACAAUUGGGAUCUCUCUGUGCGCGUUGGGGUGAAGGUACGGCGGCGAAUGUGCGAGAUCAUCCUUUGUUCUCCGAGUGUGCAUUCGUCGACACAUCGGCGAGUCGAGAGGAGCAACGAAAGCCCUGUCGGACAUGUUUUUGGGGGAUCAAAUAA